GCAGCUCAAGGUGGUGGUCACAGAACCCUGCUGUACGGCCACGCUAUACUACUUCGACAUUCGUUUAGUGAAAUGUAUUUGACAUGUUUAACAACAUCAAGAUCCCAGACGGAUAAACUUGCAUUUGAUGUGGGGCUACGAGAAAACGCAGCAGGUGAGGCGUGCUGGUGGACAAUACAUCCUGCUUCUAAACAGAGGUCAGAAGGAGAAAAAGUUCGAAUUGGUGAUGAUCUUAUCCUGGUCAGUGUGUCUUCUGAAAGAUACCUGCAUCUCUCCAUGUCCAAUGGAAGUAUUCAGGUGGAUGCCUCCUUUAUGCAGACGCUAUGGAAUGUACAUCCUACAUGCUCAGGAAGUAACAUUACAGAAGGUUAUCUCCUUGGUGGGCAUGUAGUACGUUUUUUCCAUGGCCAUGAUGAGUGUUUGACAAUUCCAUCUACAGAUCCGAAUGAUUCACAGCAAAAGAAAGUACUUUAUGAAACAGGAGGAGCUGGUGUUCGAGCAAGGUCUUUGUGGAGAGUAGAACCCCUUCGAAUAAGCUGGAGUGGAAGUAACAUCAGAUGGGGACAGCCUUUUCGUCUUCGACACAUUACAACAGGAGAGUACUUGGCUCUGAAUGAAGAUGAAGGACUUGUAAUGUUAGAGAGAGAAAAGUCAGACACAACCUCUACUGCCUUUUGUUUUAGAGCAUCAAAGGAGUUAAAAGAAAAGCAGGAUUCUGCUCUUAAACGUGACAUUGAUGGAAUGGGGGUCCCAGAAAUAAAGUAUGGUGAUUCAAUCUGCUUUGUUCAACAUGUGGCCAGUGCCUUGUGGUUGACUUACAAAGCACAAGAUGCUAAAUCAGCACGUUUAGGUCUCCUGAAAAGAAAGGUUAUACUACACCAAGAAGGCCAUAUGGAUGAUGGUCUAACCUUACAAAGAUGUCAGCAUGAAGAAUCCCAGGCUGCUCGAAUCAUUCGCAAUACUACAAGCUUAUUCAGCCAAUUUAUAAGUGGAAACAACAGAACACUAUCACCCGUUGCCCUGCCUGUUGAGGAGAUGGUUCAGACUCUGCAAGACCUGAUUACUUACUUCCUGCCUCCUGAAGAAGAUCUGGAACAUGAAGAUAAGCAAAGCAAACUUCGUUCACUCAAAAACAGACAAAAUCUAUUCAAAGAGGAGGGAAUGCUGGCUCUAGUUUUGAAUUGCAUCGAUCGCUUAAAUGACUACAAUAGUGUAGCUCAUUUUGCAGGAGUUGCAAUAGAAGAAAAUGGUACGGCAUGGAAAGAAAUUCUGAAUCUCCUGUACAGAUUGUUAGCUGCUCUCAUUCGUGGCAACAGAAACAAUUGUACUCAGUUUUCCAGUAACCUUGAUUGGCUUAUAAGUAAAUUGGACAGAUUAGAAUCCUCCUCAGGUAUUUUGGAAGUGUUGCACUGCAUCUUGAUUGAAAGCCCAGAGGCUUUAAAUUUAAUAGCUGAGGAGCAUAUCAAAUCUAUUAUCUCAUUAUUGGAUAAACAUGGGCGCAAUUACAAGGUUCUCGAUGUGCUUUGCUCUCUCUGUCUCUGUAAUGAAGUUGCAGUUCGUGCCAAUCAGAACUUAAUCUGUGACAAUCUACUGCCUAGAAGAGACUUACUUCUGCAAACACGUUUGAUUAAUGAUGUGACAAGCAUAAGGCCAAAUAUAUUUUUAGGUGUUGCUGAGGGCUCUGCACAAUAUAAGAAGUGGUACUUUGAACUAAUAAUUGAUCAGGUUGAUCCAUUCUUGACGGCAGAACCCACCCAUUUACGGGUUGGAUGGGCCUCUACAUCAGGUUAUGCCCCUUAUCCUGGAGGUGGAGAAGGAUGGGGAGGCAAUGGUGUUGGUGAUGACCUAUACUCUUAUGGUUUUGAUGGCCUUCAUCUGUGGUCUGGUCGAGUGCCCAGAGCUGUAGCAUCUGUCAAUCAGCACUUGUUGGCUUCUGACGAUGUGAUUAGCUGCUGCUUGGAUUUAGGUGUGCCCAGCAUUUCAUUCCGCAUUAAUGGACAGCCUGUACAAGGAAUGUUUGAGAAUUUCAGUACAGAAGGGUUUUUCUUUCCUGUUGUAAGCUUAUCAGCAGGCGUAAAAGUUCGUUUCCUCCUGGGUGGACGUCAUGGAGAGUUUAAAUUUCUGCCUCCUGCUGGCUAUGCUCCUUGUUAUGAAGCUUUGCUUCCAAAAGAGAAGAUGAAACUGGAACCAGUGAAAGAAUAUAAGAGAGAUUCUGAUGGAGUGAGGGAUUUGCUGGGUACAACACAGUUCCUGUCCCAAGCUUCCUUUAUCCCUUGUCCGAUCGACACCAGUCAGAUUGCUCUUCCUUUUCAUCUCGAAAAGAUCAGGGACAAACUAGCUGAAAAUAUCCAUGAACUGUGGGGAAUGAAUAAAAUUGAACUGGGCUGGACAUAUGGCAAGAUACGAGAUGAUAAUAAAAGGCAUCAUCCUUGUCUUGUGGAAUUCUCAAAACUACCUGAAACAGAGAAGAACUAUAAUCUACAAAUGUCAACAGAAACCCUAAAAACCCUUUUGGCCCUUGGAUGUCACAUUGUCCAUGGUAAUCCAGCAGCCGAGGAAGAUCUUAAAAAAGUUAAACUUCCUAAAAAUUACGUGAUGUCAAAUGGAUAUAAACCUGCCCCUCUUGAUCUUUCUGAAGUGAAAUUGUUACCUUCUCAAGAAUUUCUAGUUGAUAAACUAGCAGAAAACGCACAUAAUGUCUGGGCAAAAGACAGAAUAAAACAAGGAUGGACCUAUGGCAUUCAGCAGGAUCUUAAAAACAAACGUAAUCCUCGGUUAGUGCCAUAUGCAUUAUUAGAUGAACGUACUAAAAAAUCAAACAGAGAUAGCCUGCGUGAAGCUGUUAGGACAUUUGCAGGCUAUGGCUAUAGUAUUGAGCCACCAGACCAAGAAAUAGCUGACCAGACCAUGGAAAAAGUCAGCAUUGACAAGAUUCGUUUUUUCAGAGUAGAGAAGUCUUAUGCAGUGAAGUCCGGAAAGUGGUAUUUUGAAUUUGAAGCUGUGACAGGUGGAGAUAUGCGUGUUGGCUGGGCCAGGCCAGGAUGUCGACCUGAUGUAGAAUUGGGAGCAGAUGACCAAGCAUUUGUUUUUGAAGGAAGCAAAGGACAGCGCUGGCAUCAAGGCAGUGGAUUUUUUGGACGAAGUUGGCAACCAGGAGAUGUGGUUGGUUGCAUGAUAAACUUGGAUGACAAAUCAAUUAUCUUUACUCUGAAUGGAGAAUUGCUUAUAACAAGUAAAGGUUCAGAACUUGCAUUCGCUGACUUUGGAAUAGAAAGUGGUUUUGUUCCAAUUUGUGCACUGGGUCUAUCUCAGAUUGGCCGCAUGAACCUUGGAAUGGAUGCCAGUACGUUCAAGUAUUAUACAAUGUGCGGCCUUCAAGAAGGUUUUGAACCUUUUGCUGUCAACAUGAACAGAGAUGUCGCUAUGUGGUUUAGUAAACGCUUACCGACAUUUGUCAAUGUGCCAAAAAAUCAUCCUCACAUCGAGAUAUGGAGAAUCGAUGGAACUAUUGAGAGUCCACCUCGGUUAAAAGUUACUCACAAAACAUUUGGCACACAGAACAGCAAUUCAGAUAUGAUAUAUUGCCGUUUGAGUAUGCCUGUCGAGUUCCGUUCAUCGUUCAGCUUUGGCAUUGGUGUGGAAAAUGCCUCAUCUGAUGCUUUCCAAAAACGAAAACAAAGCCAAGAAAUUGCUGUUCCUUCUACCACAUACUUUUAUUCACUGCGGAUAUUUGCUGGCCAAGACCCAUCCUCUGUCUGGGUUGGCUGGGUAACACCGGACUAUCAUUUUUACAGUGAGAAUUUUGACCUAAAUAAAAAUUGCACAGUGACAGUCACUUUAGGUGAUGAGAGAGGCAGGGUUCAUGAAAGUGUGAAGCGCAGUAACUGCUAUAUGGUUUGGGGAGGAGACAUAAUUGCUAGCUCUCAGAGAUCAGGUCGCAGUAAUGUUGACCUGGAGGUCGGAUGCUUUGUUGAUCUGGCUACUGGAAUGUUGUCGUUCACGGCCAAUGGAAAAGAGCUUGGCACUUGUUACCAGGUUGAACCGAACACAAAGCUUUUUCCAGCAACUUUUGUACAGCCUACAAGCACAAACUUGGUUCAGUUUGAACUUGGUAAAUUAAAGAAUACUAUGCCUUUAUCAGCAGCAAUUUUUAAAAGUGAAGAGAGAAAUCCUGUUCCUCAGUGUCCCCCUCGCCUUGAUGUGCAAACAAUUACCCCUGUUUUAUGGAGCAGAAUGCCAAACACCUUUCUGAAAGUAGAAACCGAGCAUGUCAGUGAACGUCACGGCUGGGUUGUGCAGUGUUUGGAGCCUCUGCAAAUGAUGGCACUUCAUAUCCCAGAGGAAAACAGAUGCGUUGAUAUUUUGGAACUGUGUGAACAGGAAGAUUUGAUGAAGUUUCACUACCACACUUUAAAACUGUAUAGCUCAGUUUGUGCUCUAGGAAACACUAGAGUGGCUUAUGCUCUUUGUAGCCAUGUGGACAUAUCUCAGUUAUUUUACACGAUAGAUAAUCGAUAUUUACCUGGACUCCUACGUUCCGGCUUCUAUGAUUUACUCAUUAGUAUUCAUCUGGAACACGCCAAGCAAGCCAAGCUCAUGAUGAACAAUGAAUUUAUCAUUCCAGUUACAGAGGAAACUCGAACUAUUAAAUUAUAUCCUGAUGAAACAAAGAAGCAUGGUUUACCUGGAGUAGGACUUAGCACUUGCCUGAAACCAAGCUUUAAUUUUUCUACUCCUUGCUUUAUUGUGACCAGUGAAGAACGUAAGAUAUCGAGCCCAGAGAUACCACUUGAUAUACUCAAAUCCAAGGCCAUAAGCAUGCUCACAGAGGCAGUACAAUGUAGUGGUGCUCAUAUACGAGACCCUGUUGGAGGACAGGUUGCAUUCCAGUUUGUUCCUGUUCUUAAACUGAUAGCAACCUUGCUCAUAAUGGGUGUUUUUGAUGACGAUGAUGUGAAGCAGGUGUUACUCCUCAUUGAUCCUAAUGUAUUUGGAGAUCACAAGGAAGAUUUAGAUGAGAGGACAGAGAAGGAAGAAGUUACACAAGUUGAAGAAAAAGCUGUAGAAGCUGGGGAGAAAGCAAUAAAAGAAACAAAAGCUCCUGUAAAGGGCUUAUUGCAGACAAGAUUACCAGAAUCUGUUAAGCUUCAGAUGUGCUAUUUACUCAAUUAUUUCUGUGACUGUGAGCUACAACACAGGGUGGAGGCAAUUGUAUCAUUUGCAGACCGUUAUGUAUCAAAGCUGCAAUAUAAUCAGAAAUACAGGUACAAUGAACUCAUGCAAGCCUUAAACAUGUCUGCUGCUUUGACUGCCAAGAAGACCAAAGAAUUUCGUUCUCCUCCCCAAGAACAGAUUAAUAUGUUGUUGAAUUUUCAACUGGGAGAGGAUUGCCCUUGUCCAGAGGAGAUUCGGGAUGAGCUAUAUGACUUUCAUGAUGAUCUUUUAGUUCACUGUGGUAUUCCACUAGAAGAGGAGGAAGAGGAAGAGGAAGAUUCCUCAUUGACUGGCAAACUCCGUUCAUUAAUAUACAAAAUCAAGGGUCCACCAAAAGCAGAAAAAGUAGAACCUAGGGAGGAGGAAGAACAAUCUCCUACUACGCUGAAGGAACUCAUAUCCCAGACUAUGGUGCGCUGGUCCCAGGAAGAUCAGAUUCAAGAUCCAGAAUUAGUCCGGAUUAUGUACACCCUUCUUCGUAGGCAAUAUGACAGCAUUGGUGAACUACUGCAAGCUCUGAGGAAGGCAUACACUAUUAGUGCUGUCUCUGUGGAGGAUACCAUCAAUCUGCUUGCAGCACUGGGACAGAUUCGUUCACUUCUCAGUGUUAGAAUGGGAAAAGAGGAGGAAUUGCUAAUGAUUAACGGAUUAGGGGAUAUAAUGAACAACAAGGUGUUUUAUCAGCAUCCUAACUUAAUGAGAGUCUUGGGCAUGCAUGAGACAGUUAUGGAUGUGAUGGUAAAUGUGCUUGGAGGAGAUAAAUCUCAGAUCGCUUUUCCUAAGAUGGUGGCAAGCUGUUGUCGAUUCCUGUGCUACUUCUGUCGAAUUAGCCGUCAAAACCAAAAAGCUAUGUUUGAGCAUCUUAGUUACUUACUGGAGAACAGCAGCGUUGGGCUGGCAUUUCCUUCAAUGAGAGGUUCAACGCCGUUAGAUGUUGCAGCAGCCUCUGUAAUGGACAACAAUGAGCUCGCACUGGCAUUAGAGGAGCCAGACCUCGAAAAGGUUGUUACCUACCUGGCGGGUUGUGGCCUGCAGAGUUGUCCAGUAUUGCUAGCUAAAGGGUAUCCAGACAUUGGAUGGAAUCCUAUCGAGGGUGAACGUUACCUGUCAUUCUUAAGAUUUGCAGUUUUUGUUAACAGUGAAAGUGUUGAGGAAAAUGCAAGUGUUGUUGUCAAGCUACUUAUUCGACGCCCAGAAUGCUUUGGACCAGACCUUAGGGGAGAAGGUGGAAAUGGUUUGUUGGCAGCGAUGCAGGAAGCUAUCAGGAUCUCAGAGAAUCCUACUCGUGACCUUCCCUCUCAGGUUUAUAAAAGAGAAGGUGAUGAUGAAGAGGAGGAGGAGGAAAUUGUGCACAUGGGCAAUGCUAUCAUGUCGUUUUACUCGGCUCUCAUAGAUUUGCUUGGACGCUGUGCACCAGAAAUGCAUCUUAUUCAAAGUGGAAAAGGUGAAGCUAUUCGAAUCAGGUCAAUCCUUCGAUCUCUAGUGCCAACUGAAGACUUGGUUGGGAUUAUAAGUAUACCGCUAAAGCUGUCAACAGUCAACAAAGAUGGCACAGUGAAUGAGCCAGACAUGUCUGCAAAUUUCUGUCCUGAUCAUAAAGCACCCAUGGUGCUCUUUUUGGACCGUGUCUAUGGUAUUAAGGACCAAAGCUUCCUCCUUCACUUACUGGAAGUUGGAUUUUUACCAGAUUUAAGAGCCUCUGCUUCUCUGGAUACAGUUUCUCUAAGUACUACCGAGGCAGCUCUGGCACUAAAUAGAUAUAUAUGCUCAGCUGUGUUUCCGUUACUCAAAAGAUGUGCUCCCCUCUUUUCUGGAACGGAGCAUCAUGCCUCUCUGGUUGACUCCAUGCUUCACACAAUAUAUAGGUUAUCCAAGGGACGAUCCCUUACAAAAGCACAAAGAGACACUAUUGAAGAAUGUCUGCUUGCUAUUUGCCACCACUUACGGCCCUCUAUGCUACAACAGCUAUUGAGAAGGCUGGUUUUUGAUGUACCCCUGCUCAAUGAAUACUGUAAAAUGCCUCUCAAGCUUCUGACAAAUCACUAUGAGCAGUGCUGGAAAUACUAUUGCCUGCCUUCAGGAAUGGGAAGUUACGGAAUUGCAGUAGAAGAAGAAUUACAUUUAACCGAAAAACUUUUCUGGGGAAUAUUUGAUUCCUUGUCUCAUAAGUUCCUAUCUCUCCUGCAGAAGUAUGAUCCAGAGCUCUUUCGAAUGGCUUUGCCUUGUCUAAGUGCUAUAGCUGGUGCCUUGCCUCCUGAUUAUUUAGAUACACGCAUUCGAUCAACUUUGGAAAAGCAGACUUCAGUGGAUCCAGAAGGAAAUUUCGAUCCCAAACCUGUCAGCACAGCUAAUCUUGUGCUUCCUGAAAAGUUGGAGUAUAUUGUAAGCAAGUAUGCCGAACAUUCCCAUGAUAAAUGGGCCUUUGAUAAGACUAAUAGUGGAUGGAAAUACGGUGUUUCGCUGGAUGAAAAUAUGAAGACUCAUCCAUUAAUAAGACCUUUCAAAACUUUAACUGAAAAGGAAAAGGAAAUCUAUCGUUGGCCAGCCAGAGAAUCUCUGAAAACCAUGCUGGCCAUGGGAUGGAGCUUAGAAAGAACCAAGGAAGGAGGAGAAACAAUGAUACAUCAGCGUGAAAAUGAAAAGCUCCGUAACGUAUCUCAGUCUAGCCAAGGAAAUGGAUAUAUCCCGGCACCACUUGAUCUUUCUAAUGUUGUGCUUUCUAGGGAGCUUCAGGGAAUGGUUGAGGUAAUGGCAGAAAACUACCAUAAUAUAUGGGCCAAAAAGAAGAAAAUGGAGUUGGAAAGCAAAGGUGGAGGUAGUCAUCCUUUGCUGGUACCUUACGACACAUUGACCGCCAAGGAGAAAUCACGGGACCGUGAAAAGGCACAAGAGCUGUUCAAAUUCCUUCAAGUGAAUAGUAUCCUCAUAUCUCGGAAACUAGAAGGUGGGGGACUUGAAGAGGGACGUCAGACGCAGAACUGUUUGGGUCUGAAUGACAUGGAGUUGGAUGCUUCAUCCAUGGAAAAGAGGUUUGCAUUUAAGUUUCUGAAGAAAAUUUUAAAAUAUGUUGACUCUGCUCAAGAGUUUAUUGCACAUUUGGAAGCCAUUGUAACCAGUGGAAAAACUGAAAAAUCUCCACAUGACCAAGAAAUUAAAUUCUUUGCCAAAGUUCUUUUACCAUUAGUUGAUCAGUACUUUACAAAUCACUGCCUGUACUUCCUGUCUUCUCCAACAAAAACACUCAGUAGCAGUGGAUAUGCAUCAAAUAAGGAAAAGGAAAUGGUAGCCAGCUUGUUCUGCAAACUAGCUGCUCUUGUUAGACAUAGGAUUUCACUUUUUGGUAGUGAUUCUGCUACAAUGGUGAGCUGCCUGCACAUUUUAGCUCAGUCUCUCGACACACGAACUGUUAUGAAAUCGGGAUCUGAGCUAGUUAAAGCUGGAUUGCGUGCUUUUUUUGAAAAUGCAGCUGAAGAUCUGGAAAAAACAUCAGAAAAUCUUAAACUUGGAAAAUUUACCCAUUCACGAACACAGAUCAAGGGUGUUUCACAGAAUAUUAAUUACACUACGGUAGCAUUGUUACCUAUCUUAACAUCAAUUUUUGAACAUAUUUCGCAGUAUCAGUUUGGAGUUGAUUUACUUUUGGGUGAUGUACAAGUUUCAUGUUACAGAAUUCUUUGUAGCCUCUACUCCCUCGGGACUGGGAAGAACAUCUAUGUUGAAAGGCAGCGCCCAGCACUUGGUGAGUGCUUAGCAUCUCUUGCAGCAGCCAUUCCAGUAGCAUUCCUUGAACCUUCUCUCAACCAUUACAAUACUCUGUCUGUCUUCAACACAAAAAGUGCAAGAGAAAGAGCCAUUUUAGGUAUGCCUGAUACGGUAGAAGAGAUGUGUCCAGAGAUCCCUCAGUUGGAUGGACUAAUGAAGGAAAUUAAUGAUUUAGCAGAGUCUGGUGCCAGGUAUACUGAAAUGCCUCAUGUAAUUGAGGUUAUCUUACCUAUGCUAUGCAACUAUUUGUCUUACUGGUGGGAAAGAGGGUCUGAAAGUAUGCCUGAAAGUGCUGGGCCCUGCUGUACUAUGAUAACAUCUGAGCAUCUGAGCACCAUUCUGGGAAACAUUUUGAAAAUCAUCAACAACAAUCUGGGAAUAGAUGAAGCAUCUUGGAUGAAGAGAAUUGCAGUUUAUGCUCAACCCAUCAUCAGCAAAGCCAGACCAGAUCUACUGAAAACUCACUUUAUUCCGACAUUGGAUAAAUUGAAGAAGAAAGCUAUAAAGAUCGUGAUGGAAGAGGAACAGCUGAGAGCAGACAGUAAAAGUGACACCCAAGAAGCUGAGCUGCUCAUUCUUGAUGAAUUUGCUGUUCUUUGCCGAGACCUCUAUGCCUUCUAUCCAAUGUUGAUACGUUAUGUAGACAACAACAGAGCCAAUUGGCUAAAGAAACCAGACGCCGAUUCUGAUGAACUCUUUCGAAUGGUAGCUGAAGUUUUCAUCCUGUGGUGUAAAUCACAUAAUUUCAAAAGAGAAGAACAAAAUUUUGUGAUUCAGAAUGAAAUCAACAAUUUGGCAUUUUUAACAGGAGACACCAAGAGCAAGAUGUCUAAACAGAUUGCUCGGAGGGGAAUGGCCAUGCAAGUGAAGUCUGGAGGACAAGAUCAAGAGAGAAAGAAAACAAAACGUAGAGGGGAUUUGUACUCGAUACAAACUUCCUUGAUUGUAGCUGCACUUAAAAAGAUGCUUCCUAUUGGUUUGAAUAUGUGUACUCCUGGAGAUCAAGAGCUCAUCUCUUUGGCUAAGACUAGAUACAGCCAUAGGGACACUGAUGACGAAGUCAAAGAACAUUUACGUAACAACUUACAUUUGCAGGAGAAGUCUGAUGAUCCAGCUGUGAAGUGGCAGUUAAAUCUGUACAAAGACAUUUUGAAGAGUGAUGAACCUACUGACCCUGAGAAAACUGUGGAACGUGUGCAGAGGAUAUCAGCUGCUCUGUAUCAUCUGGAGCAGGUUGAACAGCCACUCAGAUCAAAGAAAGCUGUUUGGCACAAACUCCUGUCAAAACAACGCAAAAGGGCUGUAGUUGCUUGUUUCAGAAUGGCACCGUUAUACAACCUGCCAAGGCACCGUUCUAUUAACCUCUUCCUCCAUGGCUAUCAGAACUAUUGGAUAGAAACAGAGGAAUAUUCAUUUGAGGAGAAACUAGUUCAGGAUUUGGCUACACCUCCAAAAAAAGAGGAAGAGGAAGAGGAAGAGAUUGAGAAGAAACAACCUGAUCCACUUCAUCAGAUUAUCCUCUAUUUUAGUCGCAAUGCUCUCACAGAGAGAAGCAAACUAGAAGAUGAUCCUUUAUACAUUGCUUAUUCUGCCAUGAUGGCAAAGAGCUGUCAGAAUGAAGAGGAGGAAGAGGAGGAUGAAGAAAAAGAGAAGACAUUUGAGGAGAAAGAAAUGGAAAAACAGAGAACUCUUUAUCAGCAAGCUCGCUUGCAUGAUCGUGGAGCUGCUGAGAUGGUCCUUCAGAUGAUUAGUGCAAGCAAAGGUCAUACAGGACCCAUGGUUGUUGAAACACUGAAACUUGGUAUUGCUAUUUUAAAUGGUGGGAAUACCAUAGUUCAACAGAAAAUGCUGGACUACCUGAAGGAGAAAAAGGAUGCUGGAUUUUUUCAAAGUCUCUCUGGUUUGAUGCAGUCUUGCAGUGUUCUUGACUUGAAUGCGUUUGAGAGACAAAAUAAAGCAGAAGGCCUGGGAAUGGUUACUGAAGAAGGAACUCUCAUCGUUCGUGAGCGUGGUGAAAAAGUGCUGCAGCAUGAUGAAUUUACUCGAGAUCUGUUUAGAUUUCUACAACUGCUCUGUGAAGGGCAUAAUAAUGAUUUUCAAAAUUAUUUACGUACUCAGAUGGGCAACACCACAACAGUAAAUAUUAUCAUCAGUACAGUUGACUAUCUCUUGCGUCUUCAGGAAUCAAUCAGUGACUUCUACUGGUACUAUUCAGGAAAAGAUGUCAUUGAUGAAUCAGGGCAACGUAACUUCUCUAAAGCUUUGGCUGUCACCAAACAAAUAUUCAAUUCACUUACAGAAUAUAUCCAGGGCCCUUGCAUAGGUAACCAACAGAGUCUGGCUCAUAGUAGGCUGUGGGAUGCAGUUGUUGGCUUCCUUCAUGUCUUUGCCAAUAUGCAGAUGAAACUUUCACAGGACUCUGCUCAGAUAGAAUUGCUUAAAGAACUGCUGGAUCUGCUAAAGGAUAUGGUAGUAAUGCUGCUGUCACUGCUUGAAGGUAACGUCGUAAAUGGAACUAUUGGAAAACAAAUGGUAGACACGCUUGUAGAAUCAUCUAGCAACGUAGAAAUGAUUUUGAAGUUCUUUGACAUGUUUCUCAAGUUAAAAGAUCUAACUAACUCAGAUGCUUUCAAAGAGCAUGACCCAGAUGGUAAAGGCAUCAUCUCAAAGAAAGAAUUCCAGAAAUCAAUGGAAGCUCAGAAACAAUACGUACAGUCAGAGAUUGAAUUCCUGCUAUCCUGUGCGGAAGCUGAUGAAAAUGAUAUGUUUAACUAUGUUGAUUUUGUGGAACGAUUUCAUGAACCAGCCAAAGACAUUGGAUUUAAUGUAGCAGUAUUGUUAACAAAUCUUUCAGAGCAUAUGCCUAAUGAUUCACGCCUUCAGAGCUUACUAGAACCUGCAGAAAGUGUUCUGAAUUACUUUGAACCAUACCUCGGCCGUAUUGAGAUAAUGGGUGGAGCCAAAAAAAUAGAGAGAGUUUACUUUGAAAUCAGUGAAUCCAGUAGAAUGCAGUGGGAGAAGCCACAGGUGAAGGAAUCCAAAAGGCAAUUCAUAUUUGAUGUUGUCAACGAAGGUGGAGAGCAAGAAAAAAUGGAGCUCUUUGUGAAUUUCUGUGAAGACACGAUCUUUGAAAUGCAGUUAGCAUCCCAGAUCUCUGAAACUGAUUCACCUGAACGGCCUGAGGAGGAAGAAGAGGCAGAGCCUUAUUAUGUAAUGGAUAUUGGAGAUGAGGAGGAGGAAGAGAAGUCCCUGGAAUCAGCUUCAGCAUUUGCAACAGCCUGCGUUGCAAUGAAGAAGAAUGUUGCUAACUUUUUUAAAAUGGUCACUGUGAAGAACCUAAGGAAACAAUACAGGAAAGUGAGAAAGAUGGCAGUAAAAGAAACGGUGAAAGUGUUCUUCUCCUUUUUCUGGAUGCUAUUUGUAGGGGUAUUCCAACUAUUCUUUUCUAUAGUAUGGGGAAUUUUCCAGAUUCUUUGGAGCACUGUAUUUGGAGGUGGCCUGGUUGAAGGAGCCAAGAACAUUAAAGUUACUAAAAUAUUAGGGGACAUGCCUGACCCAACACAGUUUGGAAUCCAUGAUGAUGUCAUGGAAGCAGAAAAAGCUGAAGCUGCUGAUCAUGGCAUUAGAGCUGAACUUGUGCAAUUUGUAAAGGGUGAAAAGGGAGAAAGUGACAUAAUCUCAGAUAUUUUUGGCAUUCAUACAAAGAAAGAAGGUGGCUCUAAACAUGGUCAUGAUGCUGGACUUGGAGAUAUUGCAGAAAUACUUGGUUCUGAUAUUCCUCCCCCUUUGGAAAACACAGUUCGUAAGAAAAAAGGAGUACAGGCACCUGAAAUAGCAAAAGAAGCUGAAACAGAAAGAAAAACAGAAUCUGAGAAGGCCGACAUGGAAGAUGGUGAAAAACAAGACAAAGCAAAGGAAGUACAAUCUGAGCAUCUGGAAGAGGGGAAAACGAAGAAAAAGAAGCGAAGGCACGGACAGAAAAUUGAGAAACCUGAGGCUGUUAUGGCUAACUUCUUUAAAGCUUUAGAAAUUUAUCAGACAAAAAUGCUGCAUUACUUGGCAAGAAAUUUUUAUAACCUACGAUUUCUUGCUCUGUUUGUUGCAUUUGCCAUCAACUUUAUCCUGCUAUUUUACAAGGUAACAGAAGAGCCACUUGAUGAAGCAGAGGAAGACUCUAAUCUCUGGAACUCUUUUGAUGAAGAGGAAGAGGAGGAGGGCAUGGUGUUUUUUGUUUUAGAAGAAAGUACAGGUUACAUGGCACCUACUCUCAGAGCACUGGCAGUUAUUCAUACUAUUAUCUCCUUUGUCUGUGUGAUUGGAUACUAUUGCUUAAAGGUUCCUCUGGUUGUAUUCAAGAGAGAGAAGGAAGUAGCUAGAAAGCUGGAAUUUGAUGGUCUGUACAUAACUGAACAGCCAUCUGAGGAUGAUAUUAAAGGACAAUGGGACCGCCUGGUUAUAAACACUCCGUCCUUUCCUAGCAAUUACUGGGACAAAUUUGUAAAACGGAAGGUUAUUAACAAGUACGGGGACUUAUACGGAGCAGAGCGCAUAGCAGAACUUUUGGGUUUGGACAAAAAUGCCCUUGAUUUUAGUCCUGUAGAAGAGAGCGAACCAGAAGAGGCAUCUCUUGUAUCAUGGUUAAGCUCCAUUGAUAUGAAGUACCAUAUUUGGAAGCUUGGUGUUGUUUUCACUGAUAACUCAUUUUUAUACUUAGCUUGGUACACCACUAUGUCUAUCCUUGGGCACUACAACAACUUCUUCUUUGCUGCUCAUCUGCUGGAUAUUGCUAUGGGUUUCAAGACAUUGCGAACCAUUCUAUCUUCAGUAACUCACAAUGGCAAACAGCUUGUGCUUACUGUAGGACUCCUGGCUGUAGUAGUGUAUCUUUACACUGUUGUGGCGUUCAACUUCUUCCGCAAAUUCUACAACAAAAGCGAAGAUGAAGAUGAACCAGACAUGAAAUGUGAUGACAUGAUGACGUGUUAUCUGUUCCACAUGUAUGUGGGUGUAAGAGCUGGUGGUGGCAUUGGAGAUGAAAUCGAGGAUCCUGCUGGAGACCCUUAUGAAAUGUAUCGAAUUGUCUUUGACAUCACAUUUUUCUUCUUUGUCAUUGUUAUCCUGCUGGCCAUUAUUCAAGGUCUGAUUAUUGAUGCUUUUGGUGAAUUAAGAGACCAGCAAGAACAAGUGAGAGAAGAUAUGGAGACCAAAUGUUUUAUUUGUGGAAUCGGCAAUGACUAUUUUGACACAACCCCACAUGGCUUUGAAACACAUACUUUGCAAGAGCACAACUUGGCAAACUACCUGUUCUUUUUAAUGUAUCUCAUUAAUAAGGAUGAAACUGAGCAUACUGGCCAGGAGUCAUUUGUGUGGAAGAUGUACCAAGAAAGAUGUUGGGAUUUCUUCCCAGCAGGAGACUGCUUUCGGAAACAGUAUGAGGAUCAACUUGGCUAACAUUAUCACAAAAGAAAAGCUGCCAUUCAUGAACUGUUAAAAAUCCAGUAAACAAAAAAAACCUCUUACCUUUUCUUUCUAGGGUGACAAUUUAGAGCUCGUAUUUGCUUUAAAUGUCUUUAAACUUCAAGACAUACAUAAAUUUUGAAACCAAUUCAUAGGCUUUGUUUGCCUACCAUGGAUGAAACAGGUCUUUCUUUUACUGAAAUUUCAAUUUAAAACCUAUGCGAAAAUUAACUUAAGCCUUCCAAUUCAAACAAGGCCUGAUUAAAACUUUUUAACCACACCAUUCACCCAGUGUUUGGUAGUUCAGCUGAAAGGGCUAAAAGACAUCUUAACUGCACAACAUUUGAAAUUUAAGAACUUGAACAUCAGAGGCCAUGCCUCAGAAGGUAUUUUAACUGCAGUCCAGUCUUUCCCCACAGUAUGUGCUAGUGAAUGUAUUACAAUACAGCUUAAUAGCUUUAAGCAGUUAAAAAUAAAACAUUUUCAAACACUUUGUUGACCCUGAAACAUCAAUUAAGUGCCUUAAACCUCUGUAGACAUAGCUAUGCAAACUUUUUAUUUAUGUUUGUUAGUGUUCUAGAUGGACAGAUCCAUUAACCGUGUUGCUCUUUUGUCUUUCUGUAUGAAACUGCACUUGAGGUUCAUUUAUUUACUACCUUGAAUAACAGCUUACUAGAUGCUGCUGUUAAAAAAAAAAAAAAAAA